UUUAUCUUGAAGGCUGAAACUUAAACUUCCGUCUUCUCUUCCUUUCCUUUCCUUUCCUUUCCCUCCCCUUCUCUCUCUUUUUCCGAGACGGACAGACACAUAUUCCCUCCUUUUACACAGUAGCCGAGGCCACCAAGUAAACAACAAAACCCACUAUCAGACGACUUCACACGCACUCGCUCACCUCACAUGCUCCCUCCCUUCCUCCCUCCUAAAAUACCCUCAUCUUCACACUCUCGUCUCUUGUCCGAAGCUAUCAUGGAGAUCGGGUGCUGGGAGGGGGCAGGCGGCGGUGCAGGGGCGGCGGAGGCGCACAAACCUGUGCCGGCGCCUUUCCUGACCAAGACCUAUCAGUUGGUGGACGACCCCGCCACCGAUCACAUCGUCUCCUGGGGCGACGACCGCGUCUCCACCUUCGUAGUGUGGCGGCCCCCGGAGUUCGCCCGCGACAUCCUCCCCAACUACUUCAAGCACAACAACUUCUCCAGCUUCGUUCGCCAACUCAACACCUACGGGUUUCGCAAGGUUGUGCCCGAGAGAUGGGAGUUCGCGAACGAGUUCUUUAGGAAGGGGGAGAAGCACUUACUGUGUGAGAUCCAUCGUCGUAAGUCUGCCUCCGUUUCCUCCUCGUUACCGUUGCCUUCGUCUCCUCCUCUCUUCCCUCUCUACCACCACCAUCAUUUCGACGAGCACCAGCUUGCCGGUCCCCAUUGGCGCGACGCCCCGUCUCCACGCCUCCUCGUCCUCGGGGACAGCAGCAUUGUCAGUGGUAACGAUAUAGAUACCACCAUGAGGGGAGGAGGAGGAAAAGAACCGGUAAUGGUGGCCGCAUUGGUGGAGGAGAACGAGAGGCUGCGCCGGAGCAACGCGGCGCUACUGUCGGAGCUCGCCCAUAUGCGCCAGCUCUACAACGACAUCAUCUACUUCGUGCAGAACCACGUCCGCCCCGUCGCUCCCAGCUCCGCGGCCGUGGCCUCCGCCAACUUCCUCCUCUCCUCCGCCUAUAACCAGCGGAGGACCGGCCUCAAAUCUGGCAGCACCACGUCCAGUAGCUCUCUCACAAUUGUCGAAGAACCAUCGCCGCCGUCUCCCCAUCUGGAACAGUCCCCGAAGAACCACCACCACCACAACAGCGGGAAUUGCAACGGAGAGAGUAGCAGCACGAGGCCCAAGCUCUUCGGGGUGUCGCUGGACGGGUGUUCCAGUAGCAGCAGCAGCAGCAAGCGUGGGUGGCAACCAGAUGAGCCGACGUCCCCAUCGACGAGACCUCGCUUAGCAUUAGAUAAGAUGGACUUAGGGUUCCACCUGAUGCCACCUUCUCCACCGUCUUGUUAACCCACUUCAUCCCCCUCUCUUCUAUUGUCUCCCCAUAAUUAGCUUCAUUCAACUAAGUACCAUUUUUCUCCAUUUUCUUUUCA